GAGUACACAACAUCGCUCAGUACUGCGACUCUGAGUCUGCGACCACCACAUCUCGAGGCUCAUCUGUUUUCAAACUUUGACAUUAUCUCUGCAAUGUCUUCCAAGACAGGUACUGGAGCUCCUUUGACGACGAUCUUGGACCACAUUGUUCAUAUCACACCACCGGGAACGGUGGAAAAGACUGCUGAACAGUUUCGAGAGCUAGGAUUUCAUGUCUCACCAGGAGGAACACACGUUGGUGGUCUCACCGCCAACACACUCGUCAUUCUUCCCGAUGGAAGCUAUAUCGAGCUCAUCUCGUUCACUCAAGAGCCAUCGUACUAUCCUCCAGAGUCUCCCGAGCAUAAAGCCCGACUUGCCCACAACUGGGCCAACAAAGACCACGGUUGGUGUGCUUAUGCCUUUCUCGGUGCUCCUUCCGCUGUCCCCGCCAUCUCAACUAUCAUAAACGAUCGCGCGAAGGCCAGCGGACUCGAGGUUAGAUACGCGAAGGAAGUCAGUGGGGGACGGACGAGAGGAGAUGGUGUGGAGUUGAAGUGGGUUAUUACAUCCCCGCAAGAGUGGGCAAAGAAGGAAGGAGGAACUAAGUUGCCGUUCUUUUGUGGGGAUGUAACGGAUCGCUCGUUGAGAGUUCCGACGGAAACGACCAAUACCACACAUCCAAACACGGCGCAGAGCGUAGCAUACCUCCGUCUCCUCUCCCCUGUAGCUUCCUUCAAAACAUUGUCUCAAGAACUCACAGCCAUUCUCGGCUCGCCUCCAACCACGACCACACCCUCAGAAGUUACCUGGCAGCUUCAUCACCCGUUAAAGUCGUUCGCCACGUCCACUUCCGGCCCUCAACUCAUUCUCACGGCUGCGAAGGACGAGGACGAGGCAGAGCAAGAGUUUGUGAGGACACAUGGGCCUGGAUUGUAUGAGGUUGCAUUUCGGGUGGCAGAUGGGAAGCAGAGGGCGAUUGAAACGCCAUACGGGCGGAUCGCUUGGGUGUCUUAGUAGAUGCUUCGACACCAUGUAUGGUACUCUCACAAAUUAUUCUAUCUAUAUGAUUUGU